AGCCACUUCGGCUUAGGGCAGCUUGGGUCAAGGCUUGGCCCAACAGUCGAGCCUUGCCAACUUUUUCCCGCCGCUCCCUUUUCCAGUCCUGCCCACAUGUCGCGGCCACCCUCCGAUCCAGGAGCGGCUCUGCUCGAGGAGCUGCUGCGCAAGCCCCCCGGCGAGGUGACUGCGUGGGCUCUGGAUCAGCUCCAGGCGCUCUCCCGGCCGGGUGUGGACGUGCAGUCCGCGCCCCUCCCGAUGAUCCCCAGGCCGCGUGUUCACCCGAGCGUGUGCGAACCCCGCCCGGCUCCGCCGACGGCGUGCGGCCCGUGUCGGCCGCCGCCGCGCCGCAUGCGUCGCACCGAAGGGCCUCGGUGGACAAGCAGACGUGUCCAAGGCGGGAAUUUGUGCACGACCCCCGCCUGGAGGGUCAGUCUGCGGAGCCUCGGCAGGCGGUGGAUACGGACAUGUUCGGGCCCCCGGUGGCCGAAACGGCUCCAUGUCCACCGCCCGCUGGGGCACCAGGACGUCGGGCCCCGCCCCGGAACGUGGGCUCCAGCACGCGCUCUGAGGACCGUCGGCCCUCUACCAGCUGGCGGGGGCCCUGGGGUCGGCGCCGGCCGAGGGCCGCCAGGAGCUGGUGGCGAAGGCCAUCCGGGGCUACGGCGCGCUCCCCGCCCGCAGGAAGGCCGAGGCCGUGCGGGCGGUCCUGCAGAGCGCGCCGCAGCUCCAGGAGGCCCCGGGUGAGCUGCGGGCAGGCCGCCCGGCGCCGGGCGCCAGGGCCGCCGCGGCAUCCGGCAGCGGGGGGGCAGUCGCCGCUGCUGGCGAACCUCGCGCGGGUGGCCGAGAGCGCCCGCCUCCGCGACGUCCCCGAGCAGGAGGUCCGGGGCCUGCGGCGGGCCGUGCAGGCCGAGGCCGCCAAGGUGGUGAGGCCAUCGGAGAUCGCGGAGGUUGUCGGGGAGCUCGAUCCCACGGAGCGUGAUGCCCUGACGGAGGUGCUCAUUCAGACAGGGCUGGUGCCGGAGGAGCAUCGCGAGGUGCUCGAAGCUGCCGUCCGGCCCGGCGGCUACUCCGACAAGCUCGCAGGCGCCACAGCCUGGGUCGCUCUCGCGCGCCGGUAUGCGUUCGUUGCCGUGGCGUUGCCGCUGGUCGAGUUGCUGCUCUCGUUCAUCUGCGGCCGUCUCGUCUGUCACGUGCCGUUGGCCGGCUGGCUCAGAACGGAUGCUGGCUUGGGACUGCUCACUGCAUGUGCGUCCGGCUUUGGCGCUUACCUGCUGUCCCCCGCGUAUGCCAUACUGCAGAAGGACCCCAUUGCCACGGUGCAGCGUGCGUUAGCGGCGAAGUCAAGCUCUCCCGAAGAACACGCGCCAGGGUCCCAGCCGCUUCUGGCGCAGCCGCCCACGAUGGUCGCCCGGCUUGAUGCCGACCUGCGGCCAGUGUUGGAGGCCGCCGUGCCAGGCGUCCCAUACGAUGAUUUCCGCAGGGCAGCGCUCUGCUUGGCUGUGGCUCUCGUGCUGUUCGUGCUAGGCACGCUUUGGACUGUCGUUGGCCUCGUGGAGCUCCUGGCAGCGGGCGGCUGUUCCGUGCUGCUUGUACGGGGGUCGGCGAAUUCUCAUUCCUGUUCGUCGGGCUGCGCAGCGUGGUCAUCGCCGGCCUCCUCUGUAUCGUUCUCUACAUUUACCAGGAGCUUCAGAAACAUAAAGAGCGCGAGGACGGCACGGCGAUCCCAAUGAUCUCUGACGUGGACCCAUGCUAGGUGAAAGACGUCAUGGUAUCCGGAUUCAUGAUCGGCAGUUGCUUAUCACAUAUCUUCUCUUCCACUGCUUCGGUCCUACAGUUACCUCGAUUGCGGGGUGACCGCUCAAGCGUUGGGCCCGCACGCUUCGGGCAAGUUUUCUGCAAGAGUCGAGAACUUGCCAGAACUGGUAUAGCUGUGGUGCUGGGUGCUGACUCCCUUCGGGUCCCGUGCGCUCGAGAUGGUGCAGGAGCGGCAACAGUGACGUCAUACGGGGAUUCAGAUUAGACUUCGCCAUCCCUGGAGGGCUGCGAUCUGUGAAC